GGUAUCUACCUCUCUGUUCCGAGGAAAAGAGUAAAAACAUGGCGGCCUCCUCCAGCAACCAACAUGGAUCAAAACCUCCAGAACUUAUGACAAGAGUGAAUAUUACCACUGAUAAUUUAACAAAGACAGACCGAGAAUAUAUGGCCAAAGUUACAAAGGCACACAUGGAGAAAAUUAAUCAAAUAAAACGGGCAAGUUGGCUGAAACGAAACGUCGCUGUGGCUUUGCUGCUUGGAGCAGGAGUUGCAGGAGUCUACACUUACUCCAUUUAUGCCGUAUCACAAGAGAAAUUUCUAGAGGACUUUGAUGACCCAAACAAGCCAACAUGAGAAGUAUCGGAACAUCUAAUUAAAGACAAAAAUAAUAUUAAAAACUUUUGCAAUGAUUUGAGAGACGUCUACGGCAACCAAUUCCAGAGUUAUUCCCAACAAUGGCCGUAUUCGACUGGUUGUUCUUCGUUAAACCACGCCCAACUGCGCAGUGGUAAAAUCCUACUUAGCAAAGACGACCAGUCAAAUAGAAAACUUUCUAAUUGACUGCAUAGUUACUGCAAUAUACACGAAUCAAGAUUGUUUCAGUAUGGGUUUUUCGUAAAAAAAAUAUUUUCAUCUAGUUUUUGAAUUCUGUUAGCCUACAAUUAUUUUUUGACUUUAUGUGGGUAAAUAUAAUAUUUAUUUUCUGAAAUUUAAUCUAAAUUAUAUUAAUGCAAAUGUUGUUUCUAAACUCACCAAUCGGCCAUGUUUGUUUUGGUCACAUGGAUAACUUAACACCGAUUAACGCAUUCUGGUUUACGUUAAUUUUCAUUGUCAACGAAGGCUAUUUUACGGACCAGUCGAAUGAAGAUAAUACUCAACGAAAAAUUGUAGUCAACGAAAUGAACCAGUCGAAUACGCCCAAUGUGCUGUGUGGACUUUGAAGAAGUGAUAUGAUUGAAACCCACCACCAUUACUGGUUGUUGUAUACAAAGGAUCAUUGUUCAUAUUAGCCUGUUUUGAUCGUGCUUUCACAUUUAAAAAACUGCUGUUAUCAUGGAUGAGAAAUUUGUUACAAUUUGAAGGAGAAAUUAUUUUUUUUAAUUUUGUUGCGUAGCCAUUUUUUUUGCUCAGUUUACACAAGAAGCUUUAAGUUUGGUUUCCAUACAAUCGCUACAGGCUAUCACUGACAGAUUUCGAUGAUGCUGAUUGGUUGGUUUGAUUGGGAGCCUUCCCGAUUACGUAGAGGACUGCUACACAGUACAACGAUUGCACUGAAAACACUAGCGACAGUGUAGGGAUUUUAAGGAAACAAGGCUUUAUAUCUGUAUAAAUAAUAAAGUACGGUACAGUAUAGAGAAAAUUGUAGACAAAUUACUUGGCAAGGAUGAUUGAUUUCUUUUUGGUGAAAGUAUGCAGGCAGUUGGCCUUUAAAUGAAGGGUUGCAGAUACGUCACACCACUUUUUCAAUGCCAAUAAGCUGUGUGUUAAAAAAAUAAAUAUUGAAAAUAGAUUUCCCCCUAUUUUGUUGAAUUAUCAUCAUUGUAAUUGUAUUAUCAUUAUACAGUAUUGUAGUUACAAUAAUGUAAAUUUCUCCUUCAUAAUAGCAGAUAAUAUGAGCAACAUUUGGAGUUAUGGAAUGAAAUAAAAACAAUAAAAAUUGUUUAUUUGGAAUCAAGAAUGUCAUGUACAAUAUAUUACUUAUGGGGAAUCAUAUUAUACAAAUGCAAUACAGUAAACUAUACAACCAAUAUCAGUUCACUAAAUGGUAGCUUGUGGGUUGAAUAAAGUUUCAUUGUUAGUGUUGUACCAUAUUGUCCAUCUCGUAAAUUUGUUACUACAUAACAUACUACCUCGUAUGUAGGAAUGGAUUAAAUUUACAUUUCAAGAAAAUUUAAGUUGCCA